UAUUUUAAAAAGGGAUUAAAGUUGUCCUUUACUCUCAGAAUCCCCGAGGCCCCGAGGGGGUGACUUUACCAAUCUGUCUUUCCAUCUCCCCCUAAGGCGAGUCUGUCCUCCGCAGGCCGAGGUAGGCAGACCUCCAACUUCACAGCUCCGAGAUGCCACUGCUGGAGCUGCGCGAGGUGGGCCGCAGGCUGGUGCGCAGGCGCCCCCUGGCGAAGGCCGAUGGCGAGGGCGGCCGCCUGUCGCGCUGCCUGUCCACGCUGGACCUGGUGGUGCUGGGCGUGGGCAGUACGCUGGGGGCGGGCGUGUACGUACUGGCCGGCGAGGUGGCGAGGGACAAGGCUGGGCCGGCCAUCGUGCUGUGCUUCCUGGUGGCCGCGCUGUCCUCCGUGCUGUCCGGGCUCUGCUACGCCGAGUUCGGAGCCCGUGUGCCCGGCUCGGGGUCCGCGUACCUCUACAGCUACGUCACAGUGGGCCAGCUGCUGGCCUUCAUUACCGGCUGGAGCCUCAUCCUGUCCUACAUCAUCGGAGCCGCCAGUGUGGCCCGGGCCUGGAGCGCCACCUUCGAUGGCCUGAUUGGCGGCCACAUCACGCGGGGCCUGAGCGCCCGCAUCUCCCUGCCUGCGCCUAACGUGCUGGCCGCGCAUCCGGACUUCCUGGCGCUGGGCCUGGUGCUGCUGCUCACAGUGCUCCUGGCCGCGGGCGUGCGGGAGUCCGCGCUGGUCACCACGUUGUUCACUGUGCUGAACCUGCUGGCGCUGGCCUUUGUCAUCGUCUCGGGCUUCGUCAAGGGCGACCUGCGCAACUGGCGGCUGGCGGAGGGGGACUACGCACUGGCCGAGUCCCGCCUCAACGGCACCGGCAGCUUGGGCGCCCUGGGCUCCGGAGGGUUCGUCCCCUUCGGCAUGGACGGGAUUCUCCGUGGAGCGGCCACGUGUUUCUUCGCCUUUAUUGGUUUUGAUUCCAUCGCCACGGCAGGGGAAGAGGCCCGCAGCCCGCAGCGCUCCAUCCCCCUGGGCAUCGUGCUCUCGCUCCUCAUCUGCUUCCUCGUGUACUUCGGCAUCUCUGCGUCCCUCACGCUCAUGAUGCCCUACUUCCUCAUCCAGCCCGAGAGCCCCCUGCCCGAGGCCUUCGUGCACGUGGGCUGGGCCCCAGCCCGCUACGCUGUGGCCGCGGGCACUCUGUGCGCGCUGUCCUCCAGCCUCCUGGGCUCCAUGUUCCCCACGCCCCGGGUCAUCUACGCCAUGGCGGAGGACGGGCUCCUCUUCCGGGGCCUGGCGCAGGUGCACGCGCGCAGGCGUACCCCGACCCUGGCCACCGCGGCUUCCGGCGUCGUCGCAGCGUGCAUGGCCUUCCUGUUCGAGCUCAGCGACCUCGUGGACCUCAGCUCCAUCGGGACCCUGCUGUCCUACAUGCUGGUGGCCUUUUCCGUCCUGGUGCUCAGGUACCAGCCGGACCGGGACCGGGAUCGGGACCGGGACGCAGGCUCCGGCGGGGAGGAGAAGCCGGGGGCGGAAGCCGCAUCUGUGCAGCCUGUGCGGCGGGCAGGGAGCUCGGGGCCGCUCCGGGGCCUCUGCGUCGCUGGAGCCGCCGCACCCACCGAGUGGUCAGGCCGUGCCGUAUACGCGUGCGCCGCGCUGCUCGGUGAGCCGCGGGGUUUCUGGGGCUGCUGCGGAGGGGCUGGUGGCCCCGCGCAGCCCCUUUGGGUGGACCCGUCCCCUCUGCCCUCCCUUUCCGGCGGUCUCCUUGGCUGUUUGUCUCACCAGCCGUCCGCGUGCAGCAUAGGUCCCGGGGAGCAGGCGCGCACCCCCACCCCGGGGUCCCAGUCCCCCCUCUGCAGCUCCUCCCCACUCCGUCCGCGCACCCGCUCACUUCUGUCUCCUCCGCUGCAAGUCCUGCUGCUGAUCGUCCUAUGCCUGCUCCUGGCCCGGUGGCCCGGGCGCCUGCUCUCGGGAGACCCGGGGUUCCUGGCGGGGGCCUCGCUGCUGCUGCUGCUCACUGUCGGGGUGGCGCUGCUCAUCUGGAGGCAGCCCCAGAACCCUGCGCCCCUGCCCUUCAAGGUCCCGGGCCUGCCCCUGCUCCCCGCGCUGAGCAUCGGCAUGAACGUCUACCUGAUGAUGCAGAUGAGCCCUGCCACCUGGGCCCGCUUCGCCGUCUGGAUGCUGUUGGGAUUCGCUAUUUACUUUGGAUAUGGCAUCUGGCACAGCCUGGAGGAGCAGGACCGCCAGCCGCCAGCCUCGAGCACCCAGAGCCUGCACGAAGACACCCGGUGCUGAGCAGGGCAGCCGCAGAACCCGGAUGUUCCGGCCAGCGAGGCCCCGGGAUCAGGGCCGGGUAUCUAUUUGCCAACAUGUUCUUAGUAAAGCUUUUUAACUGACGAA